AUGUCGGAGAAGAGCGUGGAGGCAGCGGCCGAGUUGAGCGCCAAGGACCUGAAGGAGAAGAAAGAGAAGGUGGAGGAGAAGGCAGGCCGGAAAGAACGGAAGAAAGAAGUGGUUGAGGAAGAGGAGAACGGGGCUGAGGAAGAAGAAGAAGAAACUGCCGAGGAUGGAGAGGAGGAAGAUGAAGGAGAAGAGGAAGAUGAGGAAGAAGAAGAAGAGGAUGACGAAGGGCCCGCGCUGAAGAGAGCUGCUGAAGAGGAGGAUGAAGCAGACCCCAAGCGGCAGAAGACAGAAAAUGGGGCAUCAGCAUGA